AUGGCCUUGGGAGAUUCGGGAUGCCCAGAAUGUGGGGUGCCGGAAGCCACAGAGUUCGUCGAGGAGUUCAACGGUGCGGUAAACCGGACUUACAAGGUUGGAUUGAACAAGUUCUCGGACUUGACCAACGAGGAAUUUGUGGCAUAUACUGGAUACAAAUUGCCAUCAUCAACACGCAGGAACUCCUCCCAAGUCAAUUCUUUCAAGUACCAAGGUUCGAAUAGCAUCCAGAGCGUGGAUUGGGUAAAACAAGGUGCUGUCAACCCUAUAAAGAACCAAGGCCAAUGUGGAUCUUGCUGGUCGUUCUCCGUGGUGGCGGCGGUCGAAGCAAUCACACAGAUCACCACUGGCGUGCUACCAAACCUGUCCGAGCAGCAACUCAUAGACUGCGCCACUGACGGGAACCAGGGCUGUCAAGGCGGCUGGAUGGACAAUGGCUUCGAGUACAUCAUCAACAACAAUGGCAUCAACUCCGAGACGAACUACCCGUACGUUGGGGUCGACAGCACCUGCGAUGUGCAGGCCUCAUCUGUUGCCGAGGCCAAAAUAUCGAACUACGCGGACGUCCCCCCGAACGAGGACGACAUGCUGAAGGCCGUGGCAAUGCAGCCGGUGUCGGUAGCACUCGACUCGAGCGGAGCCGAGUUCCAGAAUUAUGCAGGCGGUGUCUAUACUGGCCCAUGCGGGACCAAUCUGAACCAUGCGGUGACGGUCGUCGGGUACGGGACGGACACGGAUGGGACCAAGUACUGGUUGAUAAGGAAUUCUUGGGACGUCUCGUGGGGCGAGAGUGGGUACAUGAGACUUCAGAGAGAUUCUGGUGUUGAAGGUGGGCUUUGUGGAAUUGCCUCGAAAGUUUCUUAUCCCGUUGCAUAAGUAUUUAUCUAAGAGAUC